UUGUAUGAACUUUUGUGUUUCCAGCUGGUACCAGGGAGCUGGUGCCUGUGGAUGGUUCAGUCCAGGGAAGGAGCAGUAAAUGGGAUGUUCAGUGCUCAGAUCUUGCUCACACCUCCCUUUGGAAGCGACUCCUGAAAUUAGCCAGCAUAGAAAGACUGUAGCCCUCCCACAGAUCGUCUCUGAAGUGCUUCUCUAUGUGACUUUGCACAGCUCUUAAGUGAAGACUUUGUUCAACGCAUGGAUGACACUUCAAAAGAUGUGGCCUUGGCUUGGAAGAGUCUCCAGGAAGCCAAAGCAGUGCUACAAAAGAUUGAAAACAAAUUCUAUCAUCAGACAUGGAGAUGUGCCAAAUCCCAGGCAGCCAGGAGAAAGCUUUGGCAUGGAGAAAGCUUUGAAAGGGAAGCUGUGUUGCUCUCUGCCCUGCUCGGUCACAGAUCUGUUUCCUUGAGAGCCCUUCUGUGAGCUCUGGCCCAUCCAGAAUGACCCCCAGGGAGGACUCAAGCUCAGCACCUUGCAGCUCUGCUGGGGAGGAUAUGGAUGCUGAAGGCACAGCUGGGACAUGGUCUUCUGCAAAGAGCUUGUUCAGACCAAGAAGGGACCAUUUCAGGGAGCAGACAGAUUCAGGAGGUCACACAGUACAAAAGAAAACAUCUCCCUGCUCUCUGUGUCACCCACCUCAGUGCCCUGCAAGGAGCAGUCCAUGCUCAGCUGUCCAGUGUGGCAGCAGGAACAAUGUCCUGCUUCCUGCAUGCCACCUUCCAUCAGGCAGCAAGCCCAGUGCUGAGAAGCCAGAAAACUUGUGGAAAAAAUCACCCCAGAACAAGUUAGAGCAACUCAAGAAGAGGAUCCAGGAGCAGAAGCAAAAGCAGGAAGCAGCAUUGCAGGAGAAGUGCCUGGUUUCUGCCUAUGCUGAAGAGCCACUGCGAAAAAGAGGCCUGAAGAGAAAGGUGUGCCAAGUGAUGUCUGCUCCUCCUGCUCCAGCUCACAGAGACCGAAGAGAGAGAAGCUCAGCACGGAGAGUUCAAACAAAAAGACAGAGGGAGCCUUCCCCUAAGUCCUCUGGACUGGAGAGAGCAGCAAAGGGUAAAGGUGCGAAGCUGCCUGGUGCUUCUGCCUGGAGAGAAGGUCAGAAGUUAGCUAGGAAGCUGCUUGGCCCACCCCCUACCUUUCCAAACCUGAGGAGCACAGCUGAAGAGCAGACCACAGCAACUACCCCCAGCAAGGCACCAACCAAGGAUACAAAGCAAAUACUCAGGAGCCUGCACUUGCAAAGCCAGUGUCACAAUGAGCAUAGACACACAAGGCUCCACCAGGACACUGCAAAAGGAAAGGUGGAAGCUCUGCAAAGAUACCUGGGGAUCCAUUCUCCUUCACCUGGACUUCAGGGCACAGCUCUGUCUGCCUUCAGUGGGGAAAAGAUACACUCUUCAGCAAUGAAAGAUGGAGCCAAGCCCAGAAGCUCAGGAAACAGCAGCAGCGGAAAAAGUGCAUCUCCUCAGAGACAGAAAGGCUCAAGCAGCCCUGCACAGAAAGAGUCUAAGAAAGAAAACCUAAAACACCCCUCAAAAAGGAGGGUGAACAUUAAGAAACCUCACCCCUACAGCCCUGAAAUUAUUCAGGAGUUUAUGUAUAAAAAGAAGGAAGAAAGAAAGAAAAAAAGCCUGGAAGAGAAGAAGUCCUUGGUGCAGGCCACAGAGCUGAGAAAUAAGAGGUUGCAGGAAGUAUACAGGAAACAGAGAGAAGCUGUAGGAAGGAAAACAUGUUCUGACCAGAUGCAGAAGCUCAUGGGUAAAACAGCAUCUGCAAAAGGGAGUCCUCAGGGUAAACGUGAAAGAGAGCAAACCACUGGUGGCAUUCCAGAGAGGAGUUUCAUGGCCUGGGUAGAUAAAACAUCCUGGACUCUAUUAAGUGAAGACCACACAAGCAGGAGUCAACUAAAAGCAGUUCAGUCACCUAAAACCAGAGAGGCAUCAGCUUCUCCAGCAACACCAGAGUCCAAGUGCUGGUUUGUCAGUCCUCUAAAACAUGAAGACUCGAGGGACUGCUCUCCCCUAGCCUCGCGCAUACAUCCUCUGAGCUUCUUCCUUCCUCAGGAAGAUACAAAACCUUAUUCCAAGAACUUGACUUCUGGUCUUUCUCCAUACAGAAGUAAACAGGAACGAGUGAAAGUCAUACAUAGUCUGUCUAAGGAACUUUCAGAGAAGAUUGAGGUGGCAACUAAGAGACUGAAUGCAGUGAGCUGGACUCAAGACUCCACUGGCAAAACAUUAUCAGAGAAAAAUCUGGACCUUUACAAUGAGACUUCUGUCCCAGAACCUGACACCUUCAAGGAUGAGCAAGACAGGACAAUGACCAUACAAAUGCUUUUGGAUGCCCCAGAUCCUGACGCAUCAGCUGUGCCAUCAGGUUUUGCUGCGAAUAAGGGCCCCGAGGUGGACACAAGCCUAUUGCAUGGAAAGCCCAUAACUGGCCCAGCCACUCCAUCUCACAGAUUCCUCUCUAGAAGUUCACAGAGAGAACUCACAGCUCAGAGGAAUCACUGCUGGUGGGAGCCUAACGGUCAGGAUCCAGAGGAAGCUGCCAAUGGGUCUCCUGGAGAGAGCCUGAGGACACGGCACAGCCGGGGAUUGCAGCUCUCCUCCCCUCUGAGUGCUGGAGCUGAGGCUCAUGGCAGCUGUGAGCAGGACCAUGCUCCUGCAGGUGAUGGACACCCUGGCUGCACAGAACUGGAAAAGAAACACAGGAGCCACCUGGAUUAUUUGAGGCGAACCUCCCUCCUGCUGGCUCACAAACUGAAGGUUCAUCAGCUGCAGCAGAGGCAGCAGCUUACAGUGCUGAGGGACAAAGCAAAGCUAGAGGUUCAAGAAAGCCAGAGGUGUUUGAAUGACCUGCUUCAGCACAGUUCAGGGGAGUGCAGUAGCUCCAAGGGCAGUUAUCUUUAUGUGCCAAGAUUGGACCAUACAGAGCCAACACAGAGAGGACAGCAACCAGAAGGUGACAACACAGCUGGCAGUAAGCAAGAGAUGCAUUCCCUGAAACCACCUGCACUGAAGACUGAAAGAGACCACAGUCCAGUGGAUCCCAAAACAGUGGGAGAAAGAAAACCUCUGGGAGAAAGGGAUUCGUACCCCUCAGUGCUUCAAGAAGGAUCCCUGCUGGCAGAGCACAGGGAGCCGCUGCAUGACCACCAGGCCUUUAACCUGUCCUCACCUCUGGUCAGUCUGCACCAUGGGGAGACCUUGGCAGGGGAUGACUCCCGAGAGAGCAGCGAACAGGGCAGCUCAGCCAGCCAGUGGAGCGAGGCCGCCCGGCACUAUGGAGGCUCCAGCACCUUCUGCCGCUUCAGCUUGGCCAUGGCGGAGCAGUGCCUGAGGGGAGAGGAGCUGCGAGCUCGGCACCAGGCUGCCCUCCUCCAGCUCCGCAGGAGAGCUCUCCGGGAGAAAGCCAGGGCUGAGCUGGCCUGGCUGCGACACCAGCAACGCUGUCUGGAAAACCUGCAGGAUAACGAGGGAGCCUCUGCCAUGGCCGCAGAGCAGCGCAGGAUCCUAACGGAGCUCAACCAGGAGGAGGCAGAAAUCCAGCACCUGCAAAACAUCUACAGGGCAGCCCACCAGGAAAGAAAACUAAUACUAAAGCAGCAAAGAGAAAUCUUAAUGAUGCAGCAUUUGACAGCACAACUCCAGGAAAAGCUGCAUAAUGUGGCAGGGAAGGAAGAGGCUACUAAAUCACAGUCACCAGAUGCCUCGCUUACAAGGAGCCCAGCAGCUGAAGAAGAAAUAAAGCUGAAGACAGUGAGACUUAUUUCUAGCCCAAAGUUACAUUCCUCUCCAUCAGAGUCUGUGGCCCCCCCCGAAAAGCCUGACCUGUCGGGGAAUAGGGACAAUUGUGCCCAGCUAAAGAGUAAACAAAGCAAGAAAUAUGAGUGUUUUCCUUCUGAGAGCAAGGGAACACUGAUAUGCUACCAGAAGCAGGCAGAGGAGUUGCCAGGUUUGGAGCCAUCCCUUGGUCUGCAAGGUCCUGAUGUGUCUCAAAUGGCGGCCAAGAAAGUGUGUGGUGCUUCUGAUCAAACCACAGGCUCAAUCUUUAUGAUUAAAGACUGCAAAACCACAGAGCUUAAUGCUCAGGAUCAUGUUUUAUUACCUUGGGAACAUGCAGAUUCAGCUAGAAUGGAUGAGCCUGUAUCCACACCAUUUACAAGAGAAGGCAGAAAGUGUGCAUUUCUGGAGUCUGUGCUGGAGGAAAAGGCACUUGUUUCAAACCCAAAGAUAGAUCCUAAAGACAAUGAAGAUAUUAAUCCAUGUGACAGUAAAGAAGUGGACAUGCCUGUCCCAUAUGAGACCCAGCAGGUGGACGGGAGGCAGUGUUUGAAGCAUUUGGACCAUAUUUCGCAUGAAGCUCCUGAUGAAGAACUACAAGCAUUUUCUGAAGGAUUAACUUCCACUGACUCAUCACUCAGGCUGAGCAACUUCUCCCCAGGAUGUCAAAGUGCCAAAUCAGAUUCUUCACUCCUGGAGUUCCAGCAAGUGUCUGCAGUUUGGAUUGACAUUUCAGAAAGCUCCAGUUCAGAUCCUGAAUCAGAGCUGAAAAAUGGAGAGGACACAGAUGUCAGUAUCCCACACGAGUUUGUCUGUGACAAUGGUGAUGCAUUUCCUGAUGUUUCAGAAGAGCCGCUCAUAGCAAGAAGCAAUGGAAAGGAAACGUUACUUAGUGACAAACACACUGAAUAUGAACUGCCUGAAGAGCACAGCACUGAGGCUUCAUCAUGCUCCCAGAAAUACCCUGGAGAUGAUUCAGAUCAUGGCUGCACUGAUCAGUUGCUUUCUUUCAUUGCAUUAGACAAAGUAAAUGCCUCAGCACAAUCCACCCAAUCUGAUAACCCUGCCAAAGGAAUGGAUGAGCCACAUCUGGAUGACUUGGAAAACUACAGUAGAAACAGAGCCUGUUCCCAGGAGGUCACAAACCAGGGUAAAGCUGCAGUUGCCAGCACCUCAUGCAGUGAUGAUAUUUACUCACCUAAGACCAAUGAACUGAAGAAACCUAGUUCUGCAACUAGCAGAGUGAAAAAGGAUGCUGAAAUUAACAGUUUCUUUGUGGAUCAAAAUAGAAGCCUAAUGGGGUUUCCACUCACAGAUUCUUCGAGACAUCUAGAUUUGGUGACUGACCAGCUUAGGAACACUGUCUCUUUUCCACCCGACAGAGAUACUGAAAAUAACAAAUUACUGACAUGUCUAUCUUCAAGAAAAUUACCUGCUUCAGGAGGUGAAAAUAAGCAUGCACAACCUUUGAACAAGAGACUCGAAUCCAGCAAACCCAGUCAGAUUGUAUCCUUGUCCACACCCAUGCCUGGAAUUUCUGAGGAAGUCCAUAUAGAAACCAACUCAGUCGAGUCUUUCCAAAGGGUGGAUACAGAAAAUCAAAGUACCUCCACAAUGGAAAGGCAAGCCAUAAAAGAAGAAAGGAAGGGACUGUGUUCUUCUGUCUCCUCAGAAAAGCAAUUGCUUCAAGCUGAGAACUGCUCUUUCAAAGGUGAAGAUGAUACAAUUUUUAUUAGUGAUGAGGGUCUCCCUCCAACUGAUGAGGAAACCCUGUCAGAAAUACUGUCUCCUGUUGAUGAAGUAUUGUCCUAUGGAAGUGCUGACAUGCCAUCCUCUAAUAAAAUUGAUUUGUCAUUUCCAAGUGAAGAUCUUCCUCCUCCCCCUUUAGGCACAGAUGCAGUGAAAAAUGAUUCUCCUAGCUUGAGUAUGGAUGAUCUCCCAUCUCCACCAGAACAAAUGACAGUCUUGGAGACUAGACACUCUAUGGAUGAAGAUGCAUCACUGAAAAUGGACACAUUGCCCCCAUUACCUGAUAACACUGUGCCUGAGGUAUUUCCCCUGCUCAGUCAAGAAACAACUGCUGUUUUUUCAACACAGGAUGGUACAAUCUCAGAGCAAUCUUUAGUUAAAAGUAUUUCUGGUGCAAAGGAGAGCUUAUCAGAAAACCAACAAGGAGAACAUGAGACACCUAUUCAGUAUUCAGAGUUUCUGCUUGUGUCAAAUGCUGCUACUUCUGGUCAGGCCAAGGAAAGUUUCAAUUUCACAAUGAAACAAUGCAAAACACACUUAGCACUGCCCAAAGCUGAGGAUAACAGUGCCGACCCAUUGUCAUCAUUUAAAAUUGGGGACAGAGUGUUAGUAAAGCAGACCCAACCUGGAACCCUCAUGUUCAAAGGACAGACUUAUUUUGAUAGUGGCCAUUGGGCUGGUGUUGCACUUGACAAAGCUGAAGGUGAUAACACUGGCACUUACAAAGGGGUGAAGUAUUUUGAGUGUGCUCAGCACUGUGGUGUCUUUGUCAGACCUAAUGAGAUCUCCCACUUAUUGGGGGCUAGGGAAAAUGAUUCCAGUUACACUGGGGAUGAAGACUCUGACUCCUCCAAUGAUGAUGAAUCCUUCAGAGGAGACCGCAAAUAUUCUGAAGGUGAUGAGCAGAGAGCAGGGUUUACAGAGGAGAAAGCAGAAGACACAAACAGUGUGGGAGAAUCAGAAGUGAAAGAAACCCAGGCCAGGUUACACACUGCCUUGCUGUCAGGAAAAGGACAAAAGUUUCCACGUUGUGACCAGUGUAAUAAAUUCCUCUGUCAAAUCAACUUAAUGUGCUUGGGAUCAGAUACAGAAAAACCAGAACCAACACGAAUAAAACAAAGGACCCUUGCAAAUGUGAUUCUGAUGGAAAGUAAGGCUGGUAACACAGAUGAGGGAAACACAAGCAAAAGUAUUUGUCACUUGGUAAAGGAUCAGAAAAGGAAUAACCUUGUUGGUGAUAUUGCAAGCGAAUCUGGUAAAAACCUUCUGCUUGACAUUUUAAUUGCAUUUUCUGAACCAGCCCAGCACAAAUCUAGAAGUGCUUUUGCAAAAGAUCUAAGACAGGAUGACUCCCAGAAACUGUUUCUCCUUAAAGAAAACUCAGUUUCUUUCUUAUCUGAACCAUCAGCAAAGGUUUCUGAUGUCUUGUUGUGUGACUCUGACAUACACAGUGCUCGUGGUUGUCACACAGUAGCAGAGAGAAUUGCAACUAAAUUUGUAGACCACGCAGUUACACAAUAUAAGAAGAUUAAGAGAAAACAUGGCUCAAAAGCAGACAAGGUAUUUCCUCUAUCUCCAGAGGCUUCUCCAACCACUUUGCCAGUUAUAUCUGAUUUGACCCAUGAGUUGCCAUGUGCAGAAUAUCAAGUGUCUGCAAAUCCAAACGCAUUUCCGUGGAUGCGAGAAAGUUCCAGGCGUCUUUGCAGAAGAACGGAUGUCAGUGAUGUCAAGAUUCAGGAACUCUGCAAAGAAGAAUCUCAGUGGAUUUACUAUGAUGAUGAUGAAUUAACUGUGAAGAUGAGAAUGACUGAAGACAUAUUUGAUAGCUUGAUCCUCGAUACAAUCAGAGUUCUUAACAAGAUCUAUCUGAGAAGAGCCUGUGAUUCUCAGGUUUCCCUGAAAGAUUUUUAAGCAUUUUUUAUCUCUGAUUUUUAAAAUACUUCUUUUUUCAGGCAAGGAAUUUUUUAGCCAUGAUUUCAGAAUUUUACUUCUGAACUUGUACCAAAUACCAGUGGGGUAUUGACCUAAUCUGUGUGUUCAUGUGUGCUUUGGAAAUGCUCAUUAAGGUCAAUGCUCACCUUUGAUGUCACACAGAAUCUAAAGGGUCGAAGUUUUAUUCUUGUCUGGGUUUUUUGGUCAAGACAGCAUUUUAUUCACUUGUGUGUUUUAAGAGCACAACAUGUUUUAAAAUAGUGUUCAAGUCUCUACAAACAGGGUUCAAACCCAAUUUAUGUGUAAAUUAUCCUAUUCUUUGUUAUCAUGUUCAGGCUAUGAGUGAUGACAGGUGAAUCAUACUGUGAAAAUAAUGUUCAGAUAAUCAUAAGUGACUCUUAAGAAUAUAAAUGUGCAAAUGGAAUUAAAUCUCCUAGAAACAGAAUUGCUGUGUGCCUCUGCAGUUUGGAAUAAACUCCUCUAACUGAAACAAGCCUAAAGCUUUUCCUGAUGGGCACAGCAGAGUUAAAUGUCACUGCAUCAUUUUUAUAUGUUCUUAUACACUAUGGAACUGGUUAAAAGGAACCAGGAGAUGGCUUCAGAGAUGUGGCAUAUGGAAUGAUCUUGUCCUGGCAGGAUCUAGAGCCAGACAUUCAGUUUUAAUAUCUACAACUUUAUGCAGGUCAGACAAACAAGCUCUUUAAAGGGGAUAUUUUUCUAUCAGUAACUCCAGUUUCUGAAAAUUAAAUAUGUGCCUGUGAUUAGGUUAUUUAUCAUACAAUUCAUGUGAGCCCUUUAAAUCUUACAUCUAAAUGUAGGCUGCUGAAGGAUGCGCUUUACUUGGAAAACCACAGGAAAUCAAUAAUCCUAUUCUUUUGUUUUGGCAAAAAUAGAAAAAAAAUCGACAUUCAGGGUGUCUUUCAAAUGAAAUGAAAAGCAGGACAAUUAAAUAUAAGCCAUAUAUAAACUCCUAUUUUAAAUCACAAUAUUUACAAUACAGGUUUUGUGAGGAAAAUAGAAAUACAUUCUAUGUUUCUGUUUUUAAAUAUUGAUGGCUUAACUUUUCCUACUGAACUGUUUGUUUUCUGAAUAAAGAAAACAAACCCCCCAAAAUCUCACUUUUAUUUCUUAUUAGUGAAAUCAAGUGGAAUUGCAGGCCAUAGUGUAUGCUCUGCUGUUCUCAGCGGUGAAUAGGAGUGGUUUUGUUGUUUUGCAGACAGCUCCUGCUCGCUGCCCCCAGUGCAUUAACUGUUGAUCUUCUAUCAACUAUCUUCAUGUCCCUUGUGGUACCUUUCCUUAACACUCUGACUCUUAUCCUCAUCGACGAAUUAAUCCAGAUAAGUUAUUUGUUCCAAUAAUAAUGUUUUCUUGUUGUCAAUGUACAGUAGGAUUUAACUCAUUUUUUUUCCUCCUGGACUUACAGACAAAUUGUGGGAUACAAUGACAAAUCCAUAUAUUGAAGCACUGCAGUUUUUCAGUUUACUGUCACUAUGGUUUUGCAGCAGCAGCAGGAUCCUUGUUGUGUUUGGAAUGAAAGCUAUUAAAAAUACCACUUAUGUAUGUGAA